AUGCGUGACAUUACUUUUCCAGGUGUGGGUAAGACAGAGCUGGCGAAGGCACUAGCAGAGGAGGUAUUUCACUCGGAAAAGAAUUUGAUUAGGCUGGACAUGGUGGAGUACCAAGAGGCGCACAGCAUUUCUCGCCUCAUCGGCCCUCCUCCUGGGUACAUGGGCAACGACGAGGGCGGCCAGCUGACGGAAGCCGUUCGCCAGAAACCCCACAGCGUCGUUCUCUUUGAUGAAGUAGAAAAUGCACACAAAAACCUUUGGUCUCUCCUUUUGCCUAUGUUGGACGAGGGUCACCUUACGGACACGAAGAACGUGCGAGUGGAUUUCACCAGCACCAUAAUAAUAAUGACAUCGAACAUCGGCCAGCAGUACAUCUUAGAAGGUUAUAAGGAGGCGCGGGCGAUGGCUGGGGGGGCAGUGACUCCUUUGGCUCAUUUCAAUAAGGAUAAGAACAGCUUGGAGAAGUUCGCUAUGGCCAAGGCAGGCGCCAACGUUGCUGGGUCCUUUGAAAGCAAAGACCAAAAGAAAGGAUCCACUGCGGAAGCUGUAGAAAAGAAAAAAGGAGAACAGUGGAACACAGGAAACUCGCCCAAAGAAGUGCUUACGAAAAUGCGGCAAAAAGUCAUGCAGGAAGUCCUCGGCUACUUCAAACCGCAAGUCAUUGGAAGAAUGACAAAGAUUGUUAUAUUUGAGCCGCUGACAGAGAGUGCGAUGAGGGGAGUUUUGGAUUUGAUGUUUUCGCACCUGAUUAAGGAAUUGAGUAAGAGAGGGAUUACGUUGGAAGUCUCCGACUCUGCUAAGGCCUUCAUUCUAGGCAGGGCCUGGUCACACAAAUACGGAGGAAGAAGAAUGGCGAAGUAA